CUUUGCUCUGUGCCUGACUGUGGAAGACCUCACCGACUGAUUUUCAUAUACACAUCUAGUGAUCAUUACCAAUCAAGGUUUUAAUUUUUUUGGCGAUUCUUACCGCAAUCAAGCAUGGCCUCGCGAGUGAUAGAAGCUGGCUCAGUUGUUGCUAGAACACGGUUUCUGCUUAGUACUCGAGUGUUAAAGGAGCGUCCUCUAUGGUUGGAUGUAGCUGAAGCCUUCCCUCCCGUAGAACCACUUCCCCCACCUCACAAGGACAGACAACUCCAUUCUGGCAAGGCCAAGACACUCUCCUUCACUGAAGACUGCCUUAGAAGGGAUUUCUUAAGGCACUACUCUAUUGUCACCAAGGCAGGCCUCACUCCAGCAGAAGAAAUCUACUCUUUGUGUGAGGGAAAGGAUCGAAACUUGCCUAACCUGAUUGACCAGUUUGUACGAGAGCAGAACAAAAGGAUUUCUCUUGGAAAGAGCCGAGAGGAAGCUGGUUUGAGUGCAAUGGCAGCUGUCAGUGACGUUCACUCGACACUCAGUGUGCAACCCAGAGAAAAGGAGGCAGCUAAAGAGACCAAACCGGACGCCACACCACUGGAGAAAGUAGUGUUUGACGUUCUAGAAUCUUUGAAGUAAAUAAUUAAUUCAUGUCAAUCUCAUUAUUUUUUGUGAAAUUAAUUGCUGAAUGUACUGCAGUGUACAGCAUAUUUAAUAAUACGAUCGGUAUAAUUAUA